AUCGCGUCCCGGGCAAGUCCAAUAAGAGUGGAUUCCAGUCAGACGAGCCGCAGUGGAGGAGAGCGGAGGUUGUUCAGCAGAUCGGCGGUAGCGCUCGCGGAGAGGACUUGGCCGGCCUUUGCCGAACUCCCACUAGGGACUUCCUUUGUUCUCUUUAGCGAGGCAUUUCAUCCUUUGAGCAUCUGCGCAGAAAUCCACUGAUACAUUGGACGUUAUCGUGGAUGCAUCUAAGACAAGGUCCGUUAUCGCUCGGUUAGACGGCCCCAAUUGGGCAUAAGAUCAACACCCUUGUAUUUCUCUCCCAUAUUCGUCGAAACAUCGCCUGCAACCUCCGGAAGCCACACGGCGGUCCAGCCCGGCGGAGCCCGUAGACAGAGACUACCCCUUUUAUGGACCGUGGGUUCUAUGGCCUGCCAUUGUUCUCGAAAGGUACAAAGCGCGCGCGCCACCCGUUCAACUUCUGUCUCUCUUACCACCACCACCCCUCGUGUGCCCUUUGCUCCUCCAUCCCCUGCGACCUACCCGGUCUCCACCCCCUACAGAGUCGAGCCUCAGCACACCUCACAUCACCCACUUACUACAAUGAGUACCACCUUGUUGAACGAGAAGGACGUCCGCGCGCUCAAGCGCGCCGACAUUCAAAAGUUGGCAAAGCGCGAAGGUAUUCGCGCGAAUGGAAAGACCGACGCCAUGGUUGUGGCGUUGUUCGCCAUGUACCCCGGCGGCAUCCUUCCGCUGGAGAAGGAGAAGGUCCCCGUCCGUCGGUCGAGGCGUCGCGGCACGCCGGAGCCGAAGGUCGAGGAGGUUGAGGAGGAGCUCGGAGGCGAGCCUCCGGUAUAUGGGGAGAGUAUCUCCCAAUACGUCCCUCCGAGACGCAGGGAAGCAGUAAGGCCCGCCGUCGUCGCCGCCGACGAGCAAGAGGCCCAGCAGCAGCAGCGUGCACCGUCGCCACUGCCGACGCCACCGCCACCGCCGUCGCCGCCACAGCACGAGGAGGAGGACCUCCCCCCUACCCUCCCGAACACGCCGGUCCCGUCCCCGGUGACGGCUACUUCGAGAGGUAUGUUCACUCACCUAUGUCCAUGGUAUGUCACUCACCAUGGACGCCACAGGCGCGCGCGUCCAGCGCAGCCCUCCGGUAGCCCUCCCCCUUCCAGCGCCUGUGUUCGUCCAAGGGUCCUCCAGACCCGUGAAUAGCCAGGCGCACGCACUGCAGCGCGAGCAGGAGCGCCUGACGACAGGUGCUCCCAUUAGCGCGGCCGCACGUGCACCAGAAUAUACAAGAGGUACAGAGGGCGCCUCGUUGUCGACCCAGGAGUUCCUGGAGUUCCUCGACGAGGGCCACAUCCGGCUCUCGCCACAGAGGCCAGCGGCACCAGCACCGGGCGCCGGUGCUGUUCCCCUCGUCGCGCCCCGUCCCCGCCGCUCCGCCGUCCCCUCCUUCCUCCCCGGGUCCGUAUUCCACCUGCAGCCCGCCCCCGCCGAGCCGCCAGCCCGGACUGUCGACCCGCGCCGGCGCCCGCCCCGAGCCUUCGCUCACCUCCC